GCUCCCUUCGCUCGGGGUUCGAUAGGCCGCGUCUGCCGGGCUGUCGCUUUUCUGGCUCAGGCCGGCGGAUGCGCUCCUCCUCCUCGGCCGCCCCGGCGGUGGGUGAGUGGGUAGGUGGAUGGGUGGGCGGCGACGGCAGCAGCAGCAGCAAGCAGCUCCAUCCUUGCGGUUCCUCCUGAGGCGGCAGCGGCUGUAGCCAUUGAACCCCCCUUCAGCACUGCUGCUUCUGGCCGCCGCCGCCGCCGCCGCCAUGAGCACCGAAGACGAGAUCAUCCGCAUCGCGAAGAAGAUGGACAAAAUGGUGCAGAAGAAGAACGCGGCUGGGGCUCUUGACUUACUCAAGGAACUCAAGAAUAUGCCCAUGACUCUGGAGUUGUUACAGUCUACAAGAAUUGGAAUGUCAGUGAAUGCAAUACGCAAGCAAAGCACAGAUGAAGAAGUUACAUCUUUAGCAAAAUCGCUCAUUAAAUCAUGGAAGAAGUUAUUAGAUGGACCAUCAAAUGAUAAGGACUCUGAAGAUAAGAAAAAAGAAGCAGCAUCUUCAUCACAGAACAGUCCUGAAGCAAGAGAAGAAAGCAGUUCCAGUAGCAAUUCCAGCAACAGAAAAGAAGAAAGUAAUGCAGGCUCAGAAUCAUUUAUUUCUCCUUUUCCUCGAGCUCCAAGCACGUCUGAUUCUGUACGAAUGAAAUGCAGAGAAAUGUUGGCAGCAGCUCUCAAAACAGGAGAUGAUUACAUUGCUAUUGGUGCUGAUGAAGAAGAGCUGGGAUCUCAGAUUGAAGAAGCUAUAUUCCAAGAACUAAAAAACACAGACAUGAAAUAUAAAAACAGGGUGCGCAGCAGGAUAGCAAACCUUAAGGACACAAAAAAUCCUAAUCUAAGGAAAAAUGUUUUAUGUGGAAAUAUACCUCCUGACAGGUUUGCAAAAAUGACAGCAGAGGAGAUGGCAAGUGAUGAACUGAAAGAGAUGAGAAAAAAUCUUACCAAAGAAGCUAUAAGGGAGCAUCAAAUGGCUAAAACAGGAGGAACCCAAACUGAUCUGUUUACAUGUGGUAAAUGUAAAAAGAAGAAUUGUACUUACACCCAGGUUCAGACUCGAAGUGCUGAUGAACCCAUGACAACAUUUGUUGUAUGUAAUGAAUGUGGAAACAGAUGGAAGUUCUGCUAGAAGAAGAAAUUGUUUGAAUCUGGACCAGUAUGAAAGAUGAUUUUAUAAUUAGCUUUAAGAACUAGUCCAUACAUCUAGCUUCCUUCAGACACUUUUGGGUUGUUUUUGUUUUGUUUUUUCAUUCAUUUCUUUUUCUUUCCUUUUUAAGGAGUCAUCUCUGAAGUUAGAUUCUGUUUUUGACACUGCCAUUCAGGUAGUUAAUAGUCAGUAGAACCAGGAUACUCAUGUAAGAUGCAAUUUCUUCCUUUUCUCCCCCCCCCCUCCAGCCUCCAUUUUUAUAAGCAAGUCUACAUUAAACUUUUAUCAAUGA